AUGCCUUACCGUCGUGUGAUCUCUGAUAGGCUUCGAGAGCUGCCUGCUGGUAAAACAUUAACUUCCUCCUCUAAAACAAUGCACCAUGCCUCAUGCUUAAACACUAGGAUACUGAGAGGAUACUGGAGAUCAUGUAACAGGGUUAAGAGACUGCAGAAAAUCAUGGGUGGACAAACAGUCUGGAUGAAUCUGGGCUUGAAGCUUCUGCUCUGCCGUUGUAUGAUUUCUGUGUUGAUACCAACCAUCCCAAUACUGGCAACACACAUCCAGGUCAACAAGUCGAAUGAGAGCACACGAGUCAUAUCUACACAGGAACACUUAGAGGAAGCUUUUGAAGAGCAGGGUUACUAUUUGCAACGCCUGUUCCUUCAGUAUGGGGACAAUGGGACUUUGACCUAUGAGGGUCUGCAGAAUUUGCUAGGCAGUUUAGGUCUUGGGGAGGUCAGUGUCCUGGAGAUCCGACAUGGUGGAGUGAAACAUUCUUCUCAGUCACAGCCCCAUUCCCACUCACAUGAAGACCAUCAUCACCCUCAAAGGACCACAAACUCACCUCCACUCAAAGAGAAACCACACAUUGAAUCAGUGCUCAGCGGAUCUCCUGCAGAAUGGGGUCACUCAGACUAUUUUCCACACCCUGGUCUAGGACACAAACUGGAAGAAAGUGUGUCACCACUGUCAGACCAUCCUACAAAGAAACACCUUCAUGGGAAUUGUCUAAACGUUACCCAGCUCCUGUGGAACUUUGGGCUGGGCCAAGCGUCGCAUAUCACUCCUGCCCAUUUCACCUUCCUGUGCCCUGCCCUCCUGUACCAGAUUGACAGUGGAGUGUGUCUGCGGCACACAGAGGAGCAAUCACAAGGAAGCCAAACCAGUGAGGGUUUCCUGAGAGCACUAGGAUGGGCCUCCUUGGCACUCUUUGUUAUCAGUUUGCCUUCCCUGGUUGCCCUGGGACUGGCACCCCUGCUUCAACCUUCUGUCCUUCAAAUAUUCCUGUGCCCGAUGGCUGGGAUGGCAGUGGGAACGUUAUGCGGAGAUGCCCUCCUGCACCUCCUGCCCCAUGCCAUCUUCAGUCAACACACUGAACAUCAGGAUGCUAUUUUCAAGGGUCUGAGUGUGUUGGGAGGGCUUUACCUUCUAUUUGCCUUUGAGAGCCUUCUGGGACUUAAACAACAUUUCAAGAAUUUAAAGAAAAGGAAACAUGAUGCAGAGUCUGGAAGGGAGAUGGAUGCACUGCAGGGUACCUCAACAGCCAAUCAGAAUGAGAGUUCAGGGCAUGGUCAUUCUCAUGGGCAGCCUGGACCAGGGAAGAUAGGCAUCAGAAGCAUGGCAUGGAUGGUGGUCAUGGGAGAUGGGAUACAUAACCUUACAGAUGGACUAGCAAUUGGUGUUGCAUUUUCUCAGAGUCUGACCGGUGGACUCAGCACUACGAUUGCUGUGUUUUGCCAUGAGCUUCCUCAUGAGUUAGGUGAUUUGGCGGUGCUGUUAGCUGCAGGCUGGCCUGUCCGCAGACUGGCUGUGUUUAGCAUCAUCUCUGCUUUGCUGGGGUUUGUAGGUGUUUUAACAGGAACAGCACUGGGAAACCAGUGGGCAACACACUCACCUUGGAUUCUCACCAUCACCGCUGGGGUCUUCCUUUACGUUGCUCUUGCUGACAUGAUGCCUGAAAUGCUUCAUGGAGAUGCUGGAUCUCUGAGCCCUCCGAAGUGCUUCCUUCUGCAGAGUCUGGGCCUGUUGAUAGGGGGCGCCAUCAUGCUUUGCAUCGCCCUCUUUGAGGACCAUAUUGCUGUUAGCCUAGGAGAAGUCUAGGAUAUGAAAACUAUCCAAAUGAGAUCCUCAGGAUGUCACACUAGAAUUUCCAUUCAAACGGCAGUAUUAUGUACAUACCUCAUUCCAUAAAGAACUACUGUGUAGGUACUGGGUGGAUAAACUGAAGAGUGUGCACUGGAUGGAUUGCUAUAAAAAGAGAUACAGUGGGAGGAACUCAUAUAUAUACACAUCCUUGGGCAACUACUUCUCAACCUAAGCUGAAUUUCUGAAUUUGUCUUACUGAAUGAUGACAUCUACAGAAAAUUCCAGGGCUCAACUAUAAGAAUGAUGAGUGUGUUUUGGGACUGAUGCAAUGCUCACUUGGCUUAUGAGGUGAUUGCUGUAUUGUCAGUAUGUUUUUCAUGUAUCAUAUAAAUGUCUUGCAACUUAAAAAUUGCUUUUCAAAACAAAAAAAUGUAUUGAACAUGGUUGUUAAAAUGACAAAAAUGAUCCAUCCUUAAAAUAACCAUAAUGUCAGUGUUAUAGUAGUCAUGAAGUCAUGGCCUUAGUUAUAAUUUAUUAUUAGUUGCAAUUUCAGAAUUUUUAAAUUUUAAUAAUUUCAAGCAGUUAUUGCAAAAUAACACUUUACGAAGCUACAAAACAUUUUUCUAAAUAAAACCCUAAAGUUUAAUGAAAAGUAAGGCAUUUUGACUUGAAAAGUUAAAAUUGAGAGUCACAACUGCAUUUUUUUUGUUCUAGAAAAAAAACUAUAUAGACGUUUUUCCUGAACACAGACGUCAGCCUGAUUUUUAACCUGAAGAAUGCUUUGCAUUUCCGGUCUCCAGUGUUUCUAGUCAAAUUAGCGUAUUUUCCAAGCUAAUAAUCUAAUGUUAAA